UCCUAUAUCCACGCGUUACUCCCUCCACCCAACAAACGCUUGACACAGAUCGCAAAGCACUCUGCAGCAAACCGCUCCGUUGUUGUACAGCACAUACGUCAAAGCACCCUCCACAAAACUGCUCUGCUGCCGUACGAGAGAACGAGAGAGAGAGAGAGCAGGCUGGAGAGGAAUUCGCGCGCCUCGACGGUCGCCAGCCGCCCGCGCCAGCUGUCGGAUUGGAUACUAGACCUAGAAGGAGGAGGGAGAAGAAGAGGAGGACGAGGCCGGCAUCGCUCGAAAGAGGUAGAACUCCUUCGUGCUCAGCCUCCAAUAAUAGAGUUCAUGGAUCUGGCAGGUCCUGAGUUAAAGGAAAUGAUUGGUAGCGGCAUUUUUGCAGUUAACAAUGAUGAUGUUCAAUUAGAAUCAGAGAAUUCUUUUUUGACUUCUAGCUAUGGGACAUAUUCACAUAACUAUCAGUUCUGUUUCAAUGGCAAAGGAACCAUUUUACCUGAGAAACCAAUGCUAUUGGCUGGGGUUGCCAAGCAGCGAGAAUUAAGUGGAACUCUGCUGAGUGAAUCAGAACCUAGAUUGAAGAAACGAUUAUCUGAUGCGAAAUCCAGGGAACUUAGUGGGCAUGGCAUCUUUGCUCGUCCACGAGAAGUUCCCCUUAGGCCAUUGGCAGCACAAUAUUUGGAGCUGAAUGACAAGGGCCUUGGAAGAACUACGCCAAGAAAAUCACCCCCAACGCGUACUGCUGGUCCGAACAAUUUCUUGUUUGGUGAUGAAAUUCCAGCCAGAACUUCCAAGAAAAUGCAUGCUAAGAAAAUAGCAGAUCUAAUUGGCAAUGGCAUCUUCAAAGAUGUUGCACCGCCAGGAUUCUCUGAAAAGACACGAAGCAAAGCAAAGCUGAAAGAAUUGAUCGGUAAUGAUAUCUUUGCUGAUAGGAAGGAUCCUCCUCGAUACUACUUUGGUGGUAUCCGCAAACCUCCAGGUGGUGAGAGCAGCAUCACACUAGCUUGACAUUUCUCUUCUUUCAUCUCUUGUGUUCUUCCUGAAUGUUGUGUUAAAGGCAUUUGAUCCAAAUUGAGGUAUCCUUCAUGAUGUUAUCCUGGUAUCAGAUGAUCUAAUGAUCUAGUCGAUCCUGGAACUUUGUGACAAUUUGUGACACAUUUAAUGUGACAAUUGAACUUAUUUCAUUGUAAUUGCUGUUUGCCUGUUACC